UCCUUUUCUUUUCAGACGAGCAAAAUCGUUCUCCGCUGCCGUAGAUGUGAACUCCUUGCUGCACCGCCUCUGUUCCUCCCUUCCCGAAACUCAUGGGCCCAAAUUGCGAGCUGUGGAGAUACAAAAUCUAACUGAUUCUGCCUGGAAUAUGGACAGGAAGAUGAAUAGCAGAAGGAAAGGAGGAGUGAAGUUGGUUAUUUUUCUGGCACAUGGAUGUGAUUACUCUCGGUGCAUUCCAGAGGGGUUCCUUUGAAUUCUCUGCAGGUCUGCCUGCCAUUCCUGGGAGAAAGAAAGAAAGAAAAAAGGGAGGAAAAGUCCCUCUCUUGCCUGGAGACGGAAUGUCUGCACUUUCUAUCAUCUUUUUAGCUUCCUGUUCUGUUUGGAUAGCUGAGGCUCAGACGGAAUUCAAGAGAGUGGCUGAAGAAAACGUGACUUUGCCCUGCCACCACCGCCUGGGCCUCCUGGAGCAAGGAAGCCUGGAUAUCGAGUGGCUGCUGCAUGUUUCGGAAACAGUGCAGAAAGCGGUAAUCACUUACUCUGGAGGCCACGUUUAUGAUGACCUGAACGAAGAUCAGAAGGGCCGUGUUUCUUUCACUUCCAACUUUCGUGCUGGAGAUGCGUCCUUGCAGAUCAUAUCUCUGCAGUCAAGUGAUGCAGGAAAGUACAUAUGCAAAGUUAAAAAUGCUGGGCAAUACGAAUGGGCUCGCAUCACCCUGAAGGUUAUAGAGAAGCCUUCCAAGCCCAAAUGCUGGCUAGAAGGGGAGCUGCUGGAAGGAAAGGACCUUUCCUUGCAGUGUCGGUCUGCAUCUGGCACUGCACCCAUCUCCUACCGAUGGCAGCGCUUAAGUGAGGACGAAGAGAGAGCUGAACAUCUCCCACCCACAUCAAGAGUCAAUAUAUCUAAUCCUGGGCAAGUCCUCCUAAAGAAUCUCACACAGAUGACUACAGGUUUAUACCAAUGCAUUGCCACCAAUGAGGCUGGGCAAGAAAACUGCGUUGUUCAGGUGACAGUGCAGCAGGCACAGAAUAUUGGCAUGAUUGCUGGAGCUGUUUGCGGAGUGGUGGUGGGGCUUUGCCUCCUUCUCCUGGUGGUGAGGCUGACCAUAAGGAGGAAAGAAAAAAAGAGAUAUGAAGAAGAGGAGGCCCCAAAUGAAAUCAGAGAAGAUGCAGAGGCGCCCAAAGCUCAUCUCGUCAAGCCCAGCUCCUCUUCCUCUGGUUCCAGGAGCUCGCGUUCGGGUUCCUCCUCUACCAGGUCGACUGCCAACAGUGCCUCUCGCAGCCAACGGACUUUGUCAACAGAAGCUACUCCUCAUCUAACUCCUCCCCAGUACAGCCAGAAGGAGCCAGAGGGAAGGGAGCCUGAGCCAAAGAAAGUCGACUAUGCCAACCUGAUGAAAAUGGGAGCCACGCUGGUCAUGGUGCCCGCGCAGAGCCGUGCGUUCCAGACCGUGUGACUGCAGCCCCCAGGAGACCCUGCUGUCCAGAAGCACCUCAUACACCAGCUGCAUAGGAAUAGAUGCAUUAGCUCGUUACCUUCCUAGUCAGCCUAAUUUUAGUCACGGAUUAUUCACAUGGCAAGAAGCCCUCCCACUCAAAUCUGUCUUAGACCUUCCUGCACUGAUCUUAGUUUUUUAUUUAAAAAGAUGAGUUUGAGGGAAGAGGGAGCCUUCUUUUUAAUUAACGCUUUAAAAAAUGGACCAGCAAGCAUUACAAAACUGCAGCUGUAUAAAUGAAAUUUAAGCGCUGUAUAAAUGAAAUGAAACCAAACCUCAGGACUUUGUAAAAGGGAUCAACAGAGGCAAAAUAGCAUACAAUGUUCUAGGGAGGUUUAUAGGGGAGGAGGAGCUUUUAACUAGUUUUAGUGAACUUUCUGAAAGAACCAUUGUCUUAGCUGAAGUUCUUGAGGCAUCUUCUCUGCUGAAGAUUUUCUGCUGAGCCCUCUUAUGAGACAGCCCUAAGUUCCCUUCAUUUCUGUAUUUGGUCUCUUAGUGGAAUACCUUUGGAGGCUGUUAACUGCGGCAUAAAGGAAAUGUAACUCAAGGGCCAGAGAUGCAGUAUUAAGACAUGGAGCUGAAACAACCUCUGUCCUAAAAGGACCUUUUAUGUCAAGGAAACAGGUGCUUAAUUGUUUGAUUUAAGUAAUACAACAAUAGAUAUAGACAGGAGCCUGAUUCUGCUAUUAUGGUCAGCACUGGUUAGCACCAGAGGAAACAUUUAGAAGAUACUAUUCCUAUUGCAAUGCUGUCAAUUCACCAAUUUGGGGAUGAGCCAUGUUGCAGAAGCCUAAAGGAGAGCUCUUUCUGAGGCUGAAUCAACAGCAUCCUUAAUCUGACUAUCAGGCAUUCAGGUAAGAGCAGACUAACAGCACAUUGAGGAAAACACUGCAGGGCCCAGAAAAUGCAUACAAAACUACUAGAAUAAAAUGUGUGCAUUGUCCCAUUUUACGGCCAACAUGGGGCCCUGCUCUGUUGUUGAGGCUUAAACUGUAGCAGGACUCAAAUGAGAGAAUCAUAUAAAUAUUUUAUGUGAUUAAAUUAGCCAGAAUAAGUGUUUAUAAGGAAUAUAAAGUCUCAUGCUUCAAGUUGCAAGCCAAACAAGAAAUGGUGCGAGAUAAGGAUGGGCUUCUGCAGGCAGAUGUUCCUGUAACUUGCUUUCGUUUACACUUUCCUCUGGACGAUUUUCCUCUGGCCACUGCUCCACACAAGACGCUCAUCUUAUAGGUCAAAUGCUUGUAGYCUUAAAUCAACAGGCUUUCUAUAUAGCCUGACUUUUUGGUUUGUGGGAUGCAAUGUUGUCUUCAUUUGCCAAAGGACUCCAUGGGAGACGGAUCAGCACAGGAGGAGGACACAUCUAUAUUUUGGUCAUUCCAGGGAUGAUUAAUAUGCUUCUGAGACGCAGCCUUCUGGCUUCUUUAAUGAGCUCUUAAAACACUUGCUCUAACUUCUCCAGGGGUACCAACAUCUGAUCAAAACUGAGCCUUGGAUUGUUACUUGUGCAUGGGAAGGUCUGAAGCCACUUGCCCUGUAUUAUCUGAAAGAUUCACUUCUCACAAGCAUUAAAAUGCAACCUAAUGGUUGUAUCCACAAACCAACCUAACCACCUUUAGGAGGAUAGAGGACCAAUUGGUUGUGUGAGGGAAGCACUCUUGAUCACCAGUUCAAACCAAGGAACCAUCUGGUAUUAGACAUUUGAUAAGCUUAUGUUUUCAUGACAGCUCCUGCUAUUGAAUGUUAUAGCCUUUUACCUAAGGACUGGGCCAGGACAUUGCAAAAGUGUGUUCCAGACUCAGCCCUGUCUUGGUAGAUGAUUGUAGCUGUUGCCACAUGGAAGAAGCAACUGUAAAUGUUGGGGGUUCUUCUGCAGUUUGUUCUCUUGCUGGGCCUUGAGGUGCCUUGCUGGAGAAGUCCUCAGCAAGAGUAUGAGCAGGACUUGAGAGCCACAAGCUGCUUAAUAUGGUAGCUCACUGUUCAGGAGUGAAUGGUCUCUGUGUUCCCCCAACAGAUGAGCUGAGGAUAUGUAUUCUAUGCAUAUACAGACUGGAACCGCUUUCUGAGCGAAGUAGCUGUGCUGGAGCAACCAGCAGCUUAUUACAAAAGGUAAUGAUUGAAGCAGUUGUGCUAACAAAGGUCUAGGUAUGAAAUACUUGGCUUGUUCCUGAGUCAUGGAGCAGAUUUGUCACUUGUGAAAUGAAGGAUUCUCUAGCUGCAGCCUGGAGGCUGCUUGUUGUCAGCUAUGACGCUUGGAGACAGCUCCUGGCAGGCUCUUUCCCGGCAGCCUUGUGGAACAGGCUGCAGGGCAGACGAGCCAUGGCAGCCCUCUGCUCGCUUCCAGCUGCCCUGGAGCUGGGAAGUUGCUCCUGGAUGUCUGAUGAAUGGGAGGAAAGGUUCCUGGAUCCUGGGGCCAAGAGGUGAGGCRGGAGCCAGCACUGGAGCCUGCUGUCGUCUUCCCUUGUCCUGUGGGGAAGUGGGUCCUAUCCGUGCCAGCCCACCUUGCAUCCACUGCCACGCUGGGAACGUGCCACACAUUAGGAAGGGCCCUGGGACUUGCUCCUACCAGGGAUACCAAGCGUGGGCACUGCUGUGGACAAGGGACAAGUUCCACACUCCAAGCAAAUACCAGAAAGACCUUGUUCCAAAAGCAUGAGUAUUUCAUUUUCAAGGGGACAUUGUCCGAGUUCUGGAUAAGGGCAUCAGGAAUUCUACAAGGGAAAUGAACCAUAAGACAAACCAUUUUGUAAAAUAGUGCAUUUAAAGCAUUUACUGUCAUAUACCAAUUAUUACUAGAGUGUGGUAACACGCAUAUGAUCUUAUGUAGCUUUCU